AACACAUAUGCUUACUUACUUUGUGAUGUCGUCGUCGAGUAUCGAGUGCCGUCGUCUUUUUUAAAGUUUUAUCAAGAUAUUCCGGACUAAGUUGGUGAACGUGAUAAAAUUCUAAAGUAUCAUAUGUAUUUAAAAGUGACUUAUCGUGAAAUUUGUUUAGUGUUGGACUCAAAUAAAGAUUUGACAAGUUUCUAAUUUUAGUUACCCAUUAAGGGUUUAUUUGGAAAAAUGAUGACCGAAAAUAGAAUUAGUUCUAGCAAUCACGUUGGAAAUAUGAGCAGUCAGAAAGGAGAUGUUGAUAAAACUGUAGAAGAUAUAGGGUGGAAAGCAAAAUUAAAACUACCCCCCAAAGACAGAAGAAUCAAAACUAGUGAUGUGACAGAUACAAGAGGAAAUGAAUUUGAGGAAUUUUGUCUUAAAAGGGAAAUACUGAUGGGCAUUUUUGAAAAGGGUUGGGAGAAACCAUCUCCUAUUCAAGAGGCUUCUAUUCCUAUUGCACUUAGUGGUAAAGAUGUACUAGCAAGGGCCAAGAACGGUACUGGUAAAACAGGCGCUUAUUGUAUUCCAGUUUUAGAACAGGUUGAUCCUAAAAAAGAUACUAUACAGGCAUUAGUUGUGGUACCUACAAGAGAGCUGGCUCUACAAACAUCACAGAUUUGCAUUGAGCUGGCAAAACACACAGACAUUCGUGUUAUGGUCACCACGGGAGGCACAAACCUGAGAGAUGACAUAAUGCGCAUUUACCAGAAUGUUCAAGUAAUAAUUGCCACGCCAGGGCGUAUGAUUGAUCUCAUGGAUAAGCAAGUAGCUAAGAUGGAUAACUGCCGAAUGUUGGUUCUUGACGAGGCAGAUAAACUACUUUCACAAGACUUCAAAGGCAUGCUGGAUACAGUUAUUUCACGGCUACCAAAAGAACGUCAAAUAUUGUUAUUCUCAGCUACGUUUCCGCUGAGCGUUAAACAGUUCAUGGAGAAGCAUUUGAGGGAACCAUAUGAGAUUAAUCUCAUGGAGGAGUUAACUUUGAAAGGUGUAACACAGUACUAUGCAUUUGUGCAGGAGAGGCAGAAGGUGCAUUGUUUAAAUACACUGUUUUCAAAGUUGCAAAUAAAUCAGUCUAUUAUAUUCUGCAAUUCAACGCAACGCGUCGAGUUGCUCGCAAAGAAGAUCACAGAGCUGGGCUACUGCUGCUACUAUAUACACGCGCGCAUGGCUCAGGCGCACCGCAACCGCGUGUUCCACGACUUCCGCGCGGGCCUCUGCCGCAAUUUAGUGUGCUCGGAUUUAUUCACCCGUGGUAUCGAUGUACAAGCCGUCAACGUCGUCAUAAACUUUGACUUCCCGCGCAUGGCCGAGACGUACUUACAUCGUAUCGGCCGUUCUGGCCGGUUCGGACACCUCGGUAUCGCGAUCAACCUCAUCACGUACGAGGAUAGGUUCGCUCUGCACCGCAUCGAGCAGGAGUUGGGGACGGAGAUAAAACCGAUCCCCAAGGUCAUCGACCCGGCGCUGUACGUGGCGCGCGCGGACGACGAUGACAAGUAACGCCCGCUCGCCGCCUGGACUAUGCUGACUGGUGAAAGGAAUUAGGAUUAAAUUACAAAAACAAAAAACUUUGUAAAAAGUGUAAUGAAUUUAUUGUAUGUGUGUAUAUAGUUUAACGUGAAAUAAGACUUGAACCUGGAAAAGGUUGAUUUUUUUAAAAAGUGUAUAUAAUAAACAUCGGAACUUACGAAAGGCACCCCGCGCUCGUUGUCCAUAUUGGAUUCUGUGCGCGGUUUCCUACGAUUGUUAAAAAGUAAAAUAUUUAUCUGAGUAUCAUUCGUGAGAGUCUAUCUAAAUUUGUCAGUGAUCGCAACAUAAAUUGUGGUAGACUUUUAAUAUGUGCGACACCUACCCAUACGUUAAUGAUUUGAGCUAGCACAUGUUUACUUUCAAACUUAACUUGACCAAGAUUGAUAUUGCCCGUGUAUGGGUAGGCAACCCAGACUAGCUCAAAUGUAAAAUAUUGAAAAAAUACCUUUAAAUAUAUCAGCAUCACAGAUAUUGUUUCUGGCCGCUUGAAACAAUAUAUUUACUGUAAGCCAUUUCUAUUUAAAAUCAGGUUAAAAUAACCGAGGUGAUCGAGAUUUUGAAUAAGCUUCCAAGUCACAAAAAAAAAAUACUAGAAAUCCCGUAUUGUGAUUAUUUAUUUGAAUGGAUAGGAUCAUGGUAGCUUUAACCUGAUUUACAAUUAUCAUAUUUUAUUGUUAAUUUUAAGCGGUGACAGUCACAGUGCAGGAAAAGAAAAUGUUUCCAUCUUGAGUGUAAGUGGGUUGCACGGUCACUUUAACAGAUAUAUUUAUAUAAUAGUACGUUUAUUUGCAAGUGAAGUAUUUUUUAUGAACAACUAUAGUCUUUGUAACCCCUUACUACAGGUUACUUGGGAAAGUGACUGGGACUAAAUAACAAAGCAGAGGAAUACAAUCAUUAUGUUUAAUGGCUUGCAUUAUGAAUAUUGCUCUGCUUCUUGAGGGAAUAAAAUGAGAGCCAUUUGUGUUUAACUUGAAAGAUGAUGAGCUCUCUGGGGGUUUAAAUUUUGGGAUGUCAAGUGAAGAGUUUCAUAAUUGGUCACAAUCAAUGUAAAUUAUAGAUUUGUUACAAAAUCAAUUAAAGACUUGUUUUUUUCUUAUUAACAAUGAACAUGUUGAGCACUGCCAUUGUUUAAUAUUAUUUCUGCUUUAGUGUAAAAUCAUUGUACCAAUUAUAAAGUUAUCAGUUUUUAUCUUAAAUUAAUAUUUUCAAAAGAACAGUGUAAAGAUUGUUAAAAUAUCUGUAACUGUGAUAUUUAUUUUAACAGCAGGUAAUAUAAAUAUAGAGAUGAGAUGUUUUGUCUUAAUUUGUCUUCCGAUAACUUAUACUUUAGAUUUAUUCAGGUAAAUUAGUAAUUUUUUUUAUAUAAAUACAAAAUUAUUAAAUUGCUGUAGUUACAUAAAAAUUAGCUUGUUCUUAAUCGUGAUAUUCAAUUAGUACAAAGUGUUUGGGAUUGUAACUUUAAAAACUUUAAGAAAAACUUAAUUUUUUAACAUCUCAUCUGUAUGUGGUGUAGGCAAAAGAGCAUAUCACAAGUAUUUUUAUAAAAAUCUAUUUUCAAACCGUAAAUCAUGACCUUAAAAUUAUACAAAAUUUACGAUCAUAAAGAUGGAUUCUAUUUUUAUUGACCAAUUAAUAAUAACUUCAUUUAAAGUAAAGUAAACAAGGUAUGUUGUGUUUUAAUAUAUUUUAAAUUUUAUAUUAGUAAAUAAAUGUUUCUCAAAUUUCAUACUUAAUUUGAGUACUGCAAUUAUAAUUUAGGUACUAUUUUUUAUGGAUUCUAGUGUAAUAAUAAUAUGUAUCAAAUGUUUACUUACAUGUUGUUUUCAAUCAUAAGUAAAUUACAAGAAACAGAAAGACAAAAAAAGAUAUGCUCUACAUGCAAAAUGCUUUAAUAUCAAAAAUAUAUUUUUGUUAAAAAAAAUGGGCCAAUAAAACUCUUCACACAA